CGACCUGGUGAUCGAGAAGCCGUUGAUCGUUCAAGCUUGGGCGAUCCACGCACCGUAGCCUGUUGGCUCAAGCCUUUUGUCUCGAGUCCUUCUUACCCGAGCUGUUUCGGGAAGUCGCCGUCGCGCCUGCACAGCCCAUCGCCCCCUCGAAUGUCCUCGAAGGGCGCCCCGGCGGAGCUGCUGGUCCAGACACACGCAUCGGACAGCGAGUCCUCCUGCUCGUCGACGUCGCAGCUCACCGCCGAGGAGGAAAAGACGCUCCAGUUGCCUCCCCUGAAGAGGCUGAUCAAGCUGACCACGGCAGCCUGGUUUGUCGUCGGGUGGAUGCUGUUCGUGGGCAAGGACAGGCUCACCGGCGCGUCAGAGUCUGAUGCCGAGAGCAUGACCGCCGUCUUGUAUUGGCAGGCCCAGAUCAUCACGACCGUCGGUUACGGUGACGUGUGCCCCGCUUCGAACGACAGGCGGCUAAUGGUGGCGUUCUACGUGCUGGUGGGGAACGUGAUUGCCGGCGUGGGCGUGAUGGACUACGUGACCAGUAUGCUGGCCCAGGGGGCGGAGGAGACCAAGAAAGGCAUGCUCUCAAAGGCCCUCUCGAAGUCGGUCGCCGCCAUGGGUGGGGGCUCAGGAGAUCUUCCGCAAGAGGCACCCGCCCCGGCGAGGGCGAUACGCGGGCCCCCUCCCGUGGUAAAGGCGCUCUUGGGACUCCUGGCGAUGAUCUUGGUCGGGACAGUCUUUUUCAGCUUUGUGGAUUUUUGCACCUGCGAUGAUUUUGAUGCGUGCGACGUGGUGCUCCCUCUCGGCGAGACGCAGGGAUGUCUGGAUCUCGGCGGAACUCCGCGCACCAUGAUCGAGGCCUUUUACAUGUCUGUCAUUACAUUAACCACUGUUGGGUUUGGUGAUUCUGUUCCGGGUAACUGGGUGGGUCGGCUUUUUGCCACUGUCUGGAUGAUGGUGGGAGUCGCUUCCAUGGGCUAUUAUCUCGGUCAGAUCGCGAAGGCAGUGACUUCAAAUUAUGUGAACAGUUCUGUUUCGACUGGCAUGAGUGAAGAGACUUUCCGGAUGAUCGAUGUUGACAACAGCGGCGCCCUUACAACGUACGAAUACGUAGUGUACAUGUUGUUGAAUUUCAACAUGGUUGACGCGAACGACGUGCAACAGCUGAUCGACGGGUUCAAUGAGAUGGACCGGAACCAGAGCGGCACGCUAGAAUACUCGGAAGUCAUGGGGACGACGUGCAAGAGUUGA